UUGCAUAAAUACAUACACAUUCAAUUGCAUGCAUCACUGAAGAGGGAAAAUAUUCAGAGUAACAUUCCGCCUUGCAGAGUAACAUGCCGGCAUCACACGACUCUCUCUCUUUUCCUCGGUAACCUGCAUUUUUGAGUUGACCUCUUUUACUCGAAGUUGUUGUGAAUGUUUUAACACCACCUCUCUCUAUUUUUUUUUUGAAUGGCAAGGAAGUCCCAUUUCACCUACAAAUGUGAGGAUUGCGACUUUGAAAUGCAUCCUCUGUCUGCAGCUGCAAUGUUUGGUGUUGAGAUCAAAACCAAACACAAGAACCAUCCACAUCACCCGCUCGUGGCUCAUUUUAGACAGAUUAUGUCACUGUGUGAUUGCUGUGGGGAGAUGCAUCAAGGUUUCUUCUUCUGGUGCUGGAUUCAUCAAGACUGCACCAUACUGCCUACCGCUAUCACGCUCCCCUCUCAUCCUCUGCCUCUUCUUCAAUGCAUGGUUCUAUUCCUGUCACUACUCGAUCUGAGCAAUGCAUGGUUUGCAACAAAACCCACCCUGCUUCUUACCUGUAACGCUAUCUAUUUCUGUCCCCAAACCUACAAAUUUGUUCAUGUCAGGUGUGGACUCGACAAAAUUCAAUCAAAAACAGGGCUAGAGUUGAUCCAACUGCCAGACGACGAGUUGGACACAUUUCCAAGUUUGGAGAUCCGUACAUACUCCCAGAGGAACCAUAUAGAUGAUAUUGGCGAUGAAGACAUGAAGCUUGCAAUUGAGAAUUUUCAUAAGCAUCCUUUGAUCCUAGUUGGUGAUGAGGCAGAGCAUCAUAAUUAUAAUUGUGAUUGCAAACUAGUGUGUGAUAUAUGCACACAAACCAUUACUAUUUUAUCUCAAUUUUACAGAUGCGCUCAACAAACUGGUGGCUGCAAUUUCCUUGCCCAUAAAGUCUGUGCAGACCUUCUCCCCAUUCUCAAGUUUGCAAUUACCCCUAGAGUUCAAUACCAUAAUCCGCAACCAUGUCCGAACCCACCCAAAUGGUUCAGUGGAAUAUUUUACUGUCUUUUCUGUUAUCUUCCUAGCAAUGGACUUUGCUAUUCCCAUUUUUUUCCUAGUUCUAUCGGUUUUCCCUUGACGUUUGAUCUGGCGUGCAUAGCUACCCAAUGAUUGUAAAGCACAACUCACGCAACCAACACCUUCUCUUUCGCACCUCCCAUCCUCGUUCACUGACCUCCACCAUAAGUUGUUGCUCCAGCGGCUCCAUUGCUUUUGAUGUCUAUAAGUGCACUAUCUGUGAUUUCUAUAUUCAUAUAAGGUGUGCCGUACUACCAAAAAAGAUUCGUUUCCAUAAAUUUGAUCAACAUCCUCUGCAUUUGAUUUCUACCGGUACUAGUAGUAUUGGUAGUGAUCAUAACAUCUGCGAGGUGUGUGAGGAAGGUAUAGAGUGCAAGUAUUGGUUCUACCGCUGUGCUAAAUGUGACUACUCUUUCCACGUAAACUGCAUUCCCUCGCUUGGCUAUUUGUCCAAAGUCAAGUUUGGAGGCAAAUUUAGUAUGUCUUGUCACUUCCAUCCUCUCACACUUACACGGAUGCUUACGUACGGAAGAAAUGAGAAGUGUGGAUAUUGCAACCAAAUCAUUCUAGGAUUGGUAGAUCAAGCGGCUUUCUCCUGUUCACAAUGCGAUUAUUUGAUUCAUUUUUCUUGUGCAUGGAAUUCACACUCAUCCUCUCAGAUUCCUAGAUACAUACUUUUCGAGGAAUUUAACAUAGUAGCCACAAGGCGCAUGCGUACAACGAAUAUUGGUGCUUAAGUUUACUAUGUUUAAUAGUUGUGUUAUAUUAAUGAAUUAAUUGUCAUAA